UGCUGUUGUGUCUGUAAUGAACUGGGAAUCUCCUGUGACGAGCAAACGCCUUAGGGGUGAAAGAUGUUUGGCACAGUUCAGUCGUCCAAGUCCCAGUUCCUGGACAAAGCCCGGCAGGCCCGUGAGGAGAGGAAGGGCCAGAAGGAGCGGGAGAAGGCGGCCACGCAAAUCCAGGCCCUUGUCAGGAGGUUCCUCUGCCGCUGCAAACUGCAGAAGCAGAUACGGAAAGAAGUAGAUGAAUUCUUCGAAGCCUGUGAUACUGGAUCUUGGAAAAGAAAUGCACUUUCCAUUUUUAAAAUUGCAAGAAAGUUAUUAUUUAUAUUCAACUUAAAAGAAGACAAAGUGAGAUUUGAGAAAUUGUGUCGCUGUAUACUUGGGAGUAUGGAAGUUGAAAACGAACCCAAGGUUUGGUAUGUGUCCUUAGCUCUUUCAAAAGACCUCACCAUCCAAUGGAUCAAGCAGAUAAAAGAUAUCCUGUGGGUGUCCUGUGAGUUCCUGAAGAAGCUAAAGCCUGAUAUCCUUCAAGACAACAAAAUGGUGACUCUGUACCUCACUAUGCUAGUGACUUUCACAGACACAUCCAACUGGAAGAUUGUGAGAGGGAAGGGGGAAGCUCUUCGGCCUGCUCUAAACCGUAUUUGUGAGAACAUCAUGGGGCAUCUCAAUCAGAAGGGCUUUUAUACUGUCUUGCAGAUUUUAUUAACAAACGGAUUAGCAAGGGCCAGACCCUCUCUUUCUAAAGGAUCCCUAACAGCCGUAUUUACACUGGCAUUAAGGCCUGUUGUUGCUGCACAUUUCUCUGAUAACCUCUUGAGGUCUUUCCUGAUUCACAUCAUGUCUGUACCAGCUAUCAUCUUUCAUCUUAACAGUCUAACCCCGGAGUGCAUGACUGUGAUCCAGACCCAUGACCUCCUCCGAAAGUUUAUCCUGUUCCUGAGCCGUGAAGAGCAGUGUGGGGAUAUUUGUGUUUGUCUUGAAGGAAGCCACACAUUGUGCUUGCUAGGUAACCUGAUCCACCUGGCUUACCUGACAGAGAAAGUGCUAGAGGAGGAGGCAAAUCACUUUGUGAAGGACCUGACAGACAUGUUAUCUUACUGCCAGAGAUAUGUGUCUCAGAAGAAGUCCAAUCUCACACACUGGCACCCAGUCCUGGGUUGGUUCUCCCAGACCGUCGAUUAUGGAUUGAACGAGUCCAUGCCUUUGGUCACCAAGCAGCUGCAGUACCUGUGGGGGGUCCCGGUGAUCCGGACCCUCUUCAGUGAUGUUCUGAGUAAGAAACUGGAGAGCCAGGAGCCGGUCCCCGCACCUGCCCUGGCAGGGACAUCACAGAACAACCUACCAGUCAAGAGCCUUUUCAAGAGGGCGUUUCAGAAGUCUGCGUCCGUGAGGAACAUCCUGAAGCCGGUGGGGGGGAAGCGUGUUGACUCGGCGGAGGUGCAGAAGGUGUGCAGUAUCUGUGUGCUCUACCAGACUGCUCUCACCACGCUCACCCAGAUCAGACUGCAGAUCCUCACAGGCUUGACGUACCUGGAUGACCUGCUGCCCAAACUCUGGGCUUUUAUCUGUGAGCUAGGACCCCAUGGGGGUCUGAAGCUGUUCUUAGAAUGCCUGAAUAACGACACAGAAGAAUCAAAACAGCUUCUGGCCAUGCUCAUGCUCUUCUGUGACUGCUCUCGCCAUCUCAUCACGAUCCUGGAUGACAUUGAAGUCUACGAGGAGCAGAUUUCGUUUAAAUUAGAAGAGCUGGUCACCAUCUCCUCCUUCUUAAACACUUUUGUGUACAAGAUGAUCUGGGAUGGGAUACUGGAGAACGCGAAGGGAGAGAAGCUGGACCUGUUCCACUCGGUACACGGUUGGCUCAUGGUCCUGUACGAGCGGGACUGUCGCAGGAGGUUUGCCCCUGAUGACCACUGGCUGCGCAAAGACCUCAAGCCCAGCCUUUUGUUUCAAGAGUUGGAUAAGGGCAAGAAGAGAGCCCAGCUCUUACUACAGUACAUCCCUCACGUCAUUCCUCAUAAAAAUAGAGUCUUGCUCUUCCGCAACAUAGUGACGAAGGAAAAGGAGACUCUUGGAUUGGUGGAGACGAGCUCCGCCUCCCCUCAUGUCACUCACAUCACCAUCCGCCGCUCCCGAAUGCUGGAGGAUGGGUAUGACCAACUGCGCCGGCUGCCUGUCAACUCCAUCAAGGGGGUGAUUCGGGUGAAGUUCGUCAAUGACCUUGGGGUGGAUGAGGCUGGCAUCGACCAAGAUGGAGUCUUCAAAGAGUUCCUGGAGGAGAUCAUCAAAAAGGUCUUCAACCCAGCUCUCAACCUCUUCCGGACCACCAGUGGAAAUGAAAGACUGUACCCUUCCCCGACAUCCUACAUCCACGAGAACCACCUGCAGCUCUUUGAGUUUGUGGGCAAGAUGCUAGGCAAGGCUGUGUAUGAGGGAAUUGUGGUGGACGUGCCUUUCGCCUCGUUCUUCCUGAGUCAAGUCCUUGGGCACCAUCACAGCACCUUCUACAGCUCCAUUGACGAACUGCCCUCCUUGGACUCUGAGUUCUAUAAAAACCUCACCUCUAUCAAGCGCUAUGACGGGGAUGUCAGUGACCUGGGUCUAACCUUGUCAUAUGAUGAAGAUGUCAUGGGACAGUUGGUGUGCCAUGAACUGAUUCCUGGGGGAAAGACUAUCCCAGUCACUAAUGAAAACAAGAUAAGCUACAUCCACCUGAUGGCUCACUUCAGGAUGCACACACAGAUCAAAGACCAAACGACAGCUUUCAUCCGCGGGUUCCGCUGCAUCAUCAAUCCCGAGUGGCUGCACAUGUUCUCCACCCCUGAGGUGCAGCGUCUCAUCUCCGGGGACAAUGCCGAGAUUGACCUGGAGGACCUCAAGAAACAUACAGUCUAUUAUGGUGGCUUCCAUAGUAGUCACAGGGUAAUAAUCUGGCUGUGGGACAUUUUAUCCAAUGACUUCACAGCCGAGGAGAGAGCCAUGUUCCUUAAGUUUGUCACCAGCUGUUCCCGACCUCCACUCCUGGGUUUCGCCUACCUCAAGCCGCCUUUCUCCAUCCGCUGCGUGGAAGUGUCCGAUGAUCAGGACACGGGAGACACGCUGGGCAGUGUCCUGAGGGGCUUCUUCACCAUCCGCAAGAAGGAGCCAGGAGGCCGGCUGCCCACCUCAUCCACCUGCUUCAACCUCCUCAAGCUCCCCAACUACAGCAAGAAGAGCAUCCUGCGGGACAAGCUGCGCUACGCCAUCAGCAUGAACACGGGCUUUGAGCUCUCCUAGCACAUGGCCCAGGGGACCAGAGAGGAGCUCACGCCACACGCCAGACACUGGGGCUCACUUACUGCCUUUGCACUCCUGCUCCAUUUGGGACGAGAUUUCUCCUGUCUGAGAUUAUGCCCUUUAAUGUCAUUUUUUUUUUCAGCAGUGUGCAACACGUCAUUGUCAGUGAGUCUGUGUUGUUGCAGUUAUGAUUGUGUCAGAGCAGAAUCACCGAACAGAAGCAAGUAUAGCUCAUUACUUUAUUUUUAGUCCCAGCCCAUUUAAAAUCAUUUUAUUUUGUAAAUUGAUCAAAUGUCCGUGGCUUCAUCUUAAGCAUUUUACGUGUCUCAGGCUCAGUAAUCACUCCCAUGACUUUUAAAAGUAGUUUGCAUUGUCUCAAGUUUUUUAAUAUUAAACUUAACGAGAAAGCAAUACAGAUUUAAGCCAUGAACCUUUCUAGUUUCAGAAACCAGCUGUAUGGCAUGCAACAUUCAGUAUUGUUCUCCAGGUUUGCUAAAAUGAUCUAUAUGGAGAUUAAUUAGAUAUUGGAGAAAUAAGUCCAAAUACAGUACAGUACUUGCAACUUGUUAAUUUUGACGUUGCCAAAAAACACUGCAUCAGAUUUGCUCAGAUAAUGGUGACUAAUUUUGUUUUCAUUAUCAGAGACUAUAUAGCAACUUAUUUUUAAGAGGAGGUGUUUUUGUGUUUCUAGGAAUUUCAGGAAAGACUAGCUUUAUCUUUUGUAGUGGGUAAUUGAGAAAAUGUAUAAUUUCCAUUAUUGUAUGUUUUAACAACAUACUUAUUUACCUCCCCCCAUAUAACAGAAGUUACCUCAGUCCCAACAAAACUAAAAUUACACUACUUUAUAUAGAAACAUACCUCCGUUUGUUUUCUGAAGGUAGGCAGAAAGCUGCUGAAUUUAGUUUUCAAAAUUGAUCUUGUACUGUGAGGUGCAGUUGUAGGAUGUGUAUUUGAUCAUAUUGUUGAAGAGCAAAACAGCCCUGAGUUCUAUUGAAGCAACUUUCUGUACUAAUUGGAUUUAAAAAACAACAAAGCGGAAAAAAAAACACUAUAUGGCUCCUCAGAUUGAUGAAAGAGAUUUGUUUCUUUUCACAAAUUCACCUUGAAAAAGAAAGACUGAUACUUCUUGAAAUGUUUUGUUUUCUUAUUUGUGAAGUAUUUGCGCAUUUAUAGAUUUCUUCCAUUUAAAUAUUUUCAAUUUAUUGUUUAGUGUUUAUAGAGAAAUUAAAAUUAUGUACAGCUUUUCUUUUUGUAUGAAAGUUCAGCAUAUUGUGGACAAAAGGUUUAUGUUAUCUCAUCUUUUAAUAGCUAAAGAAUUGAAUUUGAUUUUAGAGCUGAACCUAUGAGAAAGCAUUGCAUAUUGAACCUAACCUUGGCAUUUUGUCUAAUUUGCUGUAGGUCAGUGGUUUAAACUGGAAAGGAAGAUGUCAAAUAUUAAGGAUAAAUGAUGUCAGUGUUUCUUACGGCUUUCAAUACAUCAAAACAUGUUUAUCCCAAAAAUCAGAAAUUUGUUUCCCCAGCAAUUAAUAGAGAGUUCUGUUAGGGAUUAUGCUUGUAACUCUCUCUAUUGCUCCUUAUUGAAUAAUGUGGGUUUUUCCUCAUCUGCGUCUAGUGCAAUACCAAUGUGGUUAGUGAGCAUUUGUAAGUCACUGUUCUUAAACGAACAACAGAUACAAAAUAAUUCCUUCCAUAGGGUUUUUAAUGAAUUAAUCUGUCAUAUUUUGUAACAGUGUAAUGACAUCCAAGACGGUUUUUGUUUUCUUCACCAUAUUGUUGCCUUUGGUUCCAUCAAGGGAUUUGCCUUUUUGAUUGCUGUAAUGGUGUCUUUUGGAACCAAGCCAUAACUGCUGGGAAGACUCAAUUCCAGCAAAGACUGAGACCUGACUGCAAGCCACACUUUUGAGGCAUAUCAGACUCUGAAUGGAUGCAUCUUUCACCUGGGGCAGAUGAAAUAGAAGACUGUAGAAGCAGCUGAGUGGUGACGCACACUGUAACUUUGUUUAACUUGUGUAUGCAUUUUCUUUAAGAAGAAAGAAAAAGAGACUAACCCGUGGACUGUAGACAUGCAGCAUUUUGGAUUCCAUGAAAUAUAUCCUGAAUCACUCCUUGGAGGUGAUGUCCCUAUAUAGCUUUCUAAUAUAGUGACAGUUAGUUGGCCUUGAGUGACCAUGUCUGAUCUCUGUGUGAAAUUGAAAAGAUUGCAGAUCUGAUGGGUACCGUCAGGGUUGUGUAAGUUCAGAAACAGACUAGUGUUGGGUAGGAUGCACCUCCUCUAUUCAUUGUUGAGAGCAGCGCCUAGCCCAUGCAUGAGUCUGAAAAAUGGGACCUAGAGUGGAGAAUGAAGAGACCAUGGAAGCAAUAGCCGAUCAAAUUUAAAUUUUUAUUAUGCAAACAGUGUACUUGCAUAGCAUCGUUAUGUCAGUAUGUGUCUUGCUGUGGUGCACCAGACCCUUUACAACACUGUAUUCCUUUCCAAGGUGAUUUGUCGAUUAUUUGCCUGGAUUUGUAAAUAAAUACAUAUCGAGAUUUUCUUUAAACUGGGUAUGACUUAAGGUGUUAACAGCAGUUGCCUUAGAGUUCUUCUCAGAUCUCAUUUUUAUCUUAUUCCUUCUCUUGACCAGAAAAUGUAACACAUGGUUGAAAUUAAUACUUAGAUAUUAUCCGUUAGAACUGCCUUCUAUGGAUGAGCUUAAUGUUCAAAUAUGUUACAGCCAUUUUGACGUUUAUUGUUAAUCUGCAGAUAACCUCCCAGCAUCAGUAUACCUGCUAAAAGAUUGCAUGUACCCAGGAAAUGAAGGGCUUAAUUUUUGCCAUUUGGUGUACAAUAUUGCAAUCUAAAGAUGUCUCUGAUGUGUAGCCUCGUGUGCUUUGUGUACCACUGACCUAACAGAUAUAAGGCAGAAAAGUUGUUUUUAUUUGACUUUAGAAGGAAUUAUGGUACAACCAUGAAGACCGUAUAAAGGGACUCCAGUCUUGUCUAGCACUAGUCAUGAGAAGCUUUUUAAAACUAUUCCCUGAGUGGACAUUGAACAUAAUUUCCACACCCUUGUGUUUUUUCUUUACCUUAAAUGAUACAGGAAGAAAACUGAGAUUUAUUUUAAAGGUAUCUGGGAAAAAUGAAGAAAUUGUUGCACUAUGAGAAACGCUAGUUGUGAUACUGUUUCAAUGUAAUAAACGUGUUUAAAAAUGUAAAAUCUUACUAAAAUGAAAUGACUGCUGUAAGAUACUAGUUGCAAGUAAUGCUUUGUUUUUUUUAAAUGUAUACUUUACAAUGAA